CCGCUUCCGUUCCUUACAGCUGCUUCUUUUCGAGAAGAGGUCCGUUGUGUAAAGACGCGUGGUCCAUUUUUCUCGUAAUCGAAUUACAUCAACAUUUUUUCUUAAAAAUUUUCGCCAGGAACUAUCACAAUGCCUCCUAAGUUCGAUCCAAAUGAAAUCAAGAAAGUGUAUUUGCGAUGCGUCGGUGGUGAAGUAGGAGCCACUUCAUCCCUUGCUCCAAAAAUUGGUCCCCUUGGUUUGUCACCUAAAAAAGUUGGUGAUGACAUUGCCAAGGCCACUAGUGACUGGAAGGGUCUGAAAAUUACAGUUCAACUGACCAUUCAAAACCGACAAGCUACAAUCUCGGUUGUGCCUUCUGCAGCUUCCCUUAUUAUUAAGGCUCUCAAGGAGCCGCCUAGAGAUCGCAAGAGGCAGAAGAAUAUCAAGCACAGUGGUAAUCUGUCCUUUGACGAUAUCGUUUCCAUUGCCCGUGCUAUGAGGUCAAGGUCAAUGUCGCGAACACUGAGUGGUACUGUCAAGGAGAUUCUGGGUACGUGUCAAUCAGUUGGAUGUACCGUGGAAGGCAGACCACCCCACGACCUUAUAGACGACAUUAAUGCAGGCGAACUGGAAGUUCCUGAGGAAUAAUUGCUGAUUUUUGUAAGAUGCAGAAAAUAAACACUUCAGAAAAAAACUAAAUAUAUAUAUGUAUAUAUAUAUAUA